AUGGCUACUACUAGUAUGGAUCUAAGCUCCAACAUCAUGGAUCUGCCUUGUGAAGUCUUUGCAGAUAUACUCACUAGACUUCCCCUCAAACAUGUCCACCAACUUCAAACUGUUUCAAAGUUGUGGCUCACUAACAUCUCUACUCCACAUUUCAAAAUACUCUACAACAUGAAAUCCAUGACUCGUCCCCGGGCACUUGUAGUUCAAGAAUCUGAUCAAACAUAUUCAGCCAGUGGUCUCGGACCUACAAGUCGAAUUAUCACAAUUUCGACUAUGGACCUUGUUAGCGACAACAUCAAGAUUCAGAGAGAUCAUUUAAGUUUUAAAAUUGUUAGACGUGAAUAUUCCUUUCGUGUCUCGUCAAAUCUCAUAAUUUUCCAACAUAAGGUAUGCAAUCUCAUGACUAGAGAAAUCAUAAAUUUACCAAAUAAUUCAAGUUAUCCAUCAUUUUGUUUCGAUGUGGCGUAUAUCCCUUCUACCAAUACAUACAAGAUUGUCCAUCUAUUUCGUUGUACCAAAAUAGUAGGUACUCGCGGAGUAUUGGAGAUUGGAUUUGAGUCUAUCACACUAAAAGAUGGUGGACCAAUUCCUACCUCUUGGCAAUCUGUUGCGCGUAAAGAAUACUUUUCUUACUUGAUUGAUGCAACAUGUGUAGAUGGUGUAAUGUAUUGGUUAGUUAGAAUGAUGGAAGGGACACAUAUCAUAUCAAUGGAAAGUGAAAAUGAAGAAUUCUUGACUAUUAGUUGUCCUAAAGGAGAUGAUCAUACACUAUUUGGGCAAGGCCAGUUAGCUGAUUUGAAUGGGAAACUCUGUUUAGCUUACUACUCGAAAGAAUUGUCAAGAAUGAGUCUGUUCUUGCUCAAAGAUCAUACUACGAACCAAACAUGGGUCAAGGAAUAUGAUAUCAACUUAUCGGGUAUGGGGGAUUGGGUGAGAAUAGUAGGGUAUGUACCACUUGAAGGCAACAAUGGUGACAUCCUUAUUAAUGGUAAAAUGCCUUUCCGCUACAACAUUAAAGAGAAAAGGGGAAGAAAGCUGCAAAAAUCAAAUGUCAACUAUACUUGCUUGUAUUAUGAUAGAUGUUUUACAUUAGAGAGAACAAGACUACCAUUGCCAGCAGUGGAACGAUUACGAGUGAGAGAUUUACCAUCAAAGACGACUUCAAAAUGUGAGAUACUCUGA